AUGGCUAAUGGAUGUACAUUACACGUCAGUGGUUUUCCACGCGGCGUAAGGACGAGAGACUUGGCUCCUGAUUUUGAAAGUGCUGGCAGAGUUGUAAGGAUUGAGAUGCCUCCUGCGAGGUCUGAAUUUGCUAGACCGUAUGCUUUUGUGGAAUACGAAACCGCUGAAGAAGCUCAGGAUGCGCUACAUCAGCUAGACCAGCGGCCGUUGUCAUUUGACCCACAAAUCUCAAUUACGGUGCAGUUAGCGCGCUCAGAGGCUCGCCCCUCGCGUUUUGCACGCGGACCAGACCGCAAUUUCGAUCAAAGAGGCCCAAUGCGUAAAGAACCUCGCCGUUCCAUCGACUAUCCAAGAGGUCCUAGAGGAUAUGAAGCUGGACCCGAAGAACACGAUCAUUAUGGUCACGAUGACUUCAGAGACAGGUCGCGAGACGAAUUCCGCCAUCGUAGACCGGACAGCGAAGACAUGUAUCAUUCAAGUAGGGGCUCGUUUGGUUCCAGAUCGCACAGGUCUUAUAGGAGACCAGAACACGCAAUGCUAAGACGCGAACUAUCGCCUGCUAGAGUGCGUGCAGACGAUGGGCCUGCUCCAUACCAAGACGUCUUGCACAAUAAUGCGGCAGCUUUAAAGAAGCCCAGAUACGAGGGGUCGCGCGAAAAGCAAGAAGAGCUAGACCAGUACUACCCUGUCGGCUUGCAAUCGAAUGACGUUGACAUGAGCGAACAGCCAAACGAAACAGCUGCACAGGCUCCUUCUGAACCAGGCCAGAACUCUGUUGGCACGACCUCCCAGAACGCUUCUGGGGCUUCACACGCUCCAGGUAUUGAACAGCCUGUAACAUCACUGAUUCACCCACCUCCACCAGCGCACCUGGCAGAUUCAUCGAGCUCCAAAGCGCCCAAAACUUCGUCGCCCGGUGAACCCAAUACCGUUGUAAUUACCGAUAAUGCAAUUACCAACAAUGGUCAGGUCCCUCCAGCAUCAAAUGCAAACGAAUCCACUGAAACGGCCCACGCAGUUGAAGUCCAGACGAAGGCCUCAUCUGACGACAAAGCGACAGAAUCUGCAGUUUGA